AUGAUUGGUAAUACAUCAUCUAUCACAUUCACCUCUACCUAUCUAUCACAUUCAUAUCUAUCUAUCUAUCUAUCUAUCUAUAUCUAUCUAUCUAUCUAUCUAUCUAUCUAUCUAAACCAGAAUAACAUUCUAUAUCUAUCAAACUCCCUGUCUUCCCAUUAUGCUUGCAUCUGCCUGUCUUCCAGCUGCACUCGCAUCUGCUUGUCUUCCUGCUGCACUUGCAUCUACCUGUCUUCCUGCUGCACUUGCAUCUGCCUGUCUUCCCACUGCACUCGCAUCUGCCUGUUUUCCCGCUUCGUUUGCAUCAAUCUGUUUUCCCAUUGUAUUCGUAUCUAUCUCUCUUCACAUUGCAUUCGUAUCUAUCUCUCUUCACAUUGCAUUCAUAUCUAUCUCUCUUCACACUGCAUUCAUAUCUAUCACUCUGCAGAGUGCAUUCGUAUCUAUCUCUCUGCAGAGUGCAUUCAUAUCUAUCUCUCUUCACAUUGCAUUCAUAUCUGUCUCUCUUCACAUUGCAUUCAUAUCUCUCUUCACAUUGCAUUGGUAUAUAUCUCUCUUCACGUUGCAUUCAGAGUGCAUUCGUAUAUAUCUAUCUCUCUUCAGAGUGUAUUUAUAUCUAUCUCUCUUCAGAUUGUGUUUGUAUCUAUCUCUCUGUAG